CAAAUAUUCGACAUAUACGAUUCUUUCACUCAUAUCUACGACAACGAUACGAUGCGAUAUAACUCUCGUUCAGUAUCCCGCUAAACUGUUGCAAGGAAAGAAGCUUUCUUGUGAUUUACCAAUCUUCUAUCAGUUGAAGAGAUAUGAAGGCCAGGAGAACGGAAGAUUCCGAAAUGCAAUCGCGACAGUAAAAAUAAAAAUUAUUGUGGGAACUUUUCUUGUCAAUGAACUCAGUCGAAAAUUAGUGUAUAUUCUGACCUUUAAAAAAUUCAAAAAAAGUUUGAAAGUUUUCAUUUAAAAUUAUUAAAAAAAUUAUAAAAAAGAACUCAUCUAAAGAAGUUCAAAUAUGAAUAGAGGAAGACACAAGAAAAUAUUAAUUUUAAUUGCAAUCUGCUUGGUAGCAGUAUUUGCGGAACCUGAUCCUUUAGACGAACUUUUUUAUAGUCGAUUUUCAAAAAAUCGUGAUGAAGAUAAAUGCUAUGAUGACAAUGGAAGACCACAGAGGUGUAUACCACCUUUUGAAAAUGCAGCAUUUAAUGUUCUUAUGGAGGCAACAAAUACAUGUGGCCAAGAUCGACAAACAGAAUUUUGUAAACAAACUGGUGUCCAAAGAAAGUCCUGCGAAAUUUGUCGAUAUGGAGAUCAUUUAGCUUCAUUUCUUACCGAUUAUGAUAAUAAUGACAAUGCAACUUGGUGGCAAUCAGAAACAAUGUAUGAGGGAAUUCAAUAUCCGAAUCAAGUUAAUCUCACAUUACCAUUGGGCAAGACGUUCGAUAUAACAUAUGUUAGAGUGCUUUUUGAGUCUCCACGUCCAGAAAGUUGGGGUAUCUAUAAGAGAAAAAAUGAAAAUUCGCCAUGGGAACCUUAUCAAUUUUAUUCUGCGAGUUGUAGAGAUAUGUAUGAUUUACCGGAUUCAAAGGAAACAGUACGAGGUGAUGAUACCAGAGUAUUAUGUACUUCUAUCUAUUCCGAUAUAUCACCUUUAACGAAAGGUGCUGUCGCAUAUUCUACUUUAGAAGGACGACCUUCGGCAUAUAAUUUUGAAUCUAACACAGCAUUGCAGGAAUGGGUGCAAGCGACAGAUUUAAGAAUCACGUUGGAUAAAAUGAACACUUUUGGUGACGAAGUUUUUGGCGAUGAUCAGGUAUUAAAAUCCUACUACUAUGCGAUCGCUGACGUUGCUGUUGGAGCACGUUGUGCUUGCAAUGGUCACGCUGGAGAAUGUGUAAACAGUACUAGUGUAGAUGGAAAAACUCGUAGAGUAUGUAGAUGUGAACAUAAUACUGCAGGUCCAGAUUGCAACGAGUGUAUGCCCUUUUUCAAUGAUGCACCUUGGGGACGUGCCACUACUAAAGAUGCGCACGAAUGUAAACCUUGUAAUUGCAAUGGUUAUUCAGAAAGAUGCUUUUUUGAUAAAGAACUAUAUAAGCUCACUGGUCAUGGUGGACAUUGUUUAGAUUGUCGAGCUAAUCGUGAUGGUGCGAAUUGCGAACGUUGUCGAGAAAAUUUCUAUCAGCGUCCUGAAGAUAAUUAUUGUGUUGCUUGUAAUUGCAAUGAAAUCGGUUCAAGAAGUUUACAAUGUAACAGUGAAGGAAAAUGUCAAUGUAAACCUGGUGUAACAGGUGAUAAAUGCGAUCAUUGCGCAGCGAAUUAUUAUAACUUUGGUUCAUAUGGUUGCAAUUCUUGUGAAUGUAAUACAGCAGGUUCUCUUACAAACACACCAAAUUGUGAUCCUAUCAGUGGUGUUUGCACAUGUAAAGAAAAUGUUGAAGGAAAAAGAUGUCGAGUAUGUAAACCAGGAUUUUUCAAUCUUGCAAUGGAUAAUAAAUUUGGUUGUACACCAUGUUUUUGUUAUGGUCAUUCUUCAGUAUGUAAACCAGCAAGUGGUUAUUCUAAAGUUGUAAUAGAAAGUAUGUUUGUGAGAGGAGCUGAACGAUGGAAAGCUACUGUAGCUGGUAAUCCAAUAAGACUUCAAUAUGAUCCUCUUACUCAAACAAUAUCUGCUACAGCAUUAGAUCGAGACAAUGUUUAUUUUGUUGCACCUGAUAGAUUUCUUGGUGAUCAACGAGCCUCUUACAAUCAAGAUUUGUCGUUUACUUUGAGAAUUGGAGAGGCUGGUCCUGCACCUACUGUUCGUGAUGUUAUAUUUGAAGGAGGCAAUGGAGAACAAAUUACACAACCAAUUUUUGGACAAAACAAUCAUUUACCUUCAGUGACACCAUAUGAAUACCGUUUUAAAUUGCAUGAACAUCCUAAUUAUGGUUGGGAACCUCGUCUUUCUUCUCGAGCUUUUAUGUCUAUUUUAUCAAACUUAACAGCUAUUAAAAUUCGUGGAACCUAUACACAUCAAGGUCGAGGAUUCUUAGAUGAUGUCAAACUGGAAACAGCACUUCGAGGUGCUGCAGGUGAAAGUGCUGAUUGGGUGGAACAUUGUGAUUGUCCUCAUGGUUAUGUGGGCCAAUUUUGUGAAUCUUGUGCUCCUGGAUUUCAUCAUGAUCCGCCAAAUGGUGGUCCUUUUGCCCUUUGUAUUCCUUGUAAUUGCAAUAAUCAUGCAGAUAUUUGCGAAGCUGAAACUGGACAAUGCAUUUGUGAACAUAAUACGGCCGGUAGUAAUUGUGAAUUAUGUAAACGAGGAUAUUAUGGCCAUCCGUUAAAGGGUACACCCGAUGAUUGUAAAUCAUGUCCGUGUCCCGAUAAUGGACCUUGUAUAUUACUUGGCAAUAAUCCAGAUCCAAUUUGUUCUGAAUGUCCAUUGGGUAGAACAGGACCUAGAUGUGAAACAUGUUCGGAUGGAUACUUUGGAAAUCCUGAAAAAGGUAUAGCUUGCAGACCUUGUGAUUGCAACAACAAUAUCGAUUUAAACGCUGUAAGAAAUUGUAAUCAUGAAACUGGUGAAUGUUUGAAAUGUGUAAAUAACACGGCUGGUUUUCAUUGUGAAGAAUGUCUUUCAGGAUAUUAUGGAGAUGCAUUAUCUGAUCGUAAAGAAGAUGGAUGUAAGUUAUGCCAAUGUUAUCCACCAGGUACAAUUGAACUCAAUGAUGGUAGAGUAGCACCUUGCGAACAAUUAACAGGUCAUUGUACUUGCAAAUCUCAUGUGAUUGGUCGAAAUUGUGAUAAAUGUGAAGAAGGAUAUUAUCAUAUAUUAAGUGGAGAGGGAUGCACGCCUUGCAAUUGUGAUACUGAAGGAUCUUAUAAUCGUACUUGUAAUCCUGUUACUGGUCAAUGUGAAUGUAGACCUGGGAUUACUGGACAACAUUGUGAUGCGUGCGUUCCUUAUCAAUAUGGAUUUAGUAGAGAAGGCUGCAAACCUUGUGAUUGUGAUAGUAUUGGUUCUCAAGAUCUGCAAUGUGAUGCCAGUGGACAGUGUCUAUGUUUACCAAAUGUAGAAGGAAGACGUUGUGAUCGUUGUAAAGAAAAUAAACACAACAGACAAAAUGGAUGUGUCGAUUGUCCUGAUUGUUACAAUCUUGUUCAAGCUGCUGCUAAUAAUCACAGAAUACGUUUAACUGAACUAGAAAAUACACUCAAAAAGAUUAACAGUAGUCCAACAGUUAUAAAAGAUUCAGAUUUUGAAAAAGAAUUAAAAAAUAUUCAGGAUAAAGUAAAGAAUCUUUUACAAAUCGCAAAACAAGGAUCAGGUAGUGAAAAUAAAACUUUGGUGGAACAACUUGAUGAAUUGCGCGACCAAUUAAAUGAAAUUAGUGAAAUCUCUCAAACUGUAAAUUUAACUGCUUCUGAUGCAUAUAAAACUACUUUGGAAGGUUUAAUGAAUAUUGAUGAAGCAGAAAAAGUGCUUGAUAAAAUACAUGCUCAAUUAACUGAAACAGAAGAUUAUUUAGCUACAGAUGGAGCAACUGCAUUAACAAAAGCGAAAUUACGCGCAGAACAAGUUGGUCAAGGAAAUAAACAAAUGACUUCAAUUGCACAAGAAGCGCGUGUAUUAGCAGAUUUAAAUGUUAAUGAAGCAAAAAAAAUACAUGCACUAGCAGAACGAGCUCGAAAUACAACAAUAGAAGCUUACACUCUUGCAAAGAAAGCUAUAGGAAAAUACACUAAUAUAACUGAUGAUAUUAGAGGAUUGGAAAAUAAAUUAGAAUUACUAGAGCAUCGUAUGAAUGAGGUGAAAAAUCUUACCAACAUAGCAGCUACUAAAUCAUCCACUGUUUCACAAGAAGCAAUAGAUCUAUUGAUUCUCGAUUUAGCACUUCCACCUGUUGACAUCGAGCAAUUAAGAAAUCAAAUUGAAGAUGUGAAUAAUGAAGGAUUGCGAUUGAAAGAACAAGCACAAUUAUUAUUAGAUCAAAAUGAAAAUCUUAUAAAUGAAAUGGCACAAAAAGUAAUAAAAAGUGAAGAGUUAAUAGAACGAGCGCAGGAUCAACAAGCAGCUACGGCCGAACUUUUGGCUGAAUUAGAUGGCGCAAAUGAAAAAGCAGAUGAUGCUGUAAAACGAGGAGAUCAAACUUUGAAAGAAGCUCAGGAAACAUUAAAAAAAUUAGGCGAAUUUCAUGCUGAAGUAGAGCGCGAACGUAUUAAAGCUCAAAAUGCUUUAAAAGAUAUUAAAAAUAUCGAAGAAUUAAUCAUAAAUGCUACAAAUCAAGCUUUACAAGCUGAAAAAAUUAAUGGUUCUGAAAAUAAUGCUGAAUAUGCACGCAAAAUAGCACAAGAUUCUCAAAGAUAUGCAGAAGAAGCUAGUGCAAAAGCAAACAACAUUAGAACUGAAGCGAAUAAAAUUAAAAUAGAAGCAGUUCGCGUAGGAAAUGAAGCUGAAAAAUUACAUCAAAGGGUAGAUAGUACAGAUUCUAUGAUGAAACAACAUGAAAAUCAAAGUGAUCAAGAUACAAAUAUUACAACUGAAGCAAAUCAUAAAGUUGGUUUAGCUAAGAUUAAUGUAACGUUAGCAUCACAGCAAGUUGAUAAAGCUCUAAGUGAAGUAAUUGAAAUAAUAAAAGAAUUAGAAAAUCUACCGGAAAUUGAUAAUGCUGAUUUAAAUCGAUUAGAAGAACGCUUAGCUGCAGCUGAAAAGGAAAUUGCAGCUGCAAAUCUAGAUCAAAGAAUUCGUACAUUAACCGAUGCAAAAAAUUUACAAACACAAUGGGUAAAGAAUUAUGAAGAUGAAGUUAGUAGAUUAAGAAUGGAAGUUGAAAACAUUGAUGAAAUAAGAAAAGUUUUGCCUGUUGAUUGUCAAAAACGUUUACGACUUGAACCGUGAAAAACAUUUUUAAACUUGUAUAAUAUUUAAAAGUAAAACUUCAUAAUGCUACAGUGCCUUACAUGCAUUGAAGAAAGAAAUAAGAUUUAAAA